UCUUAUCGUCUGGCGCAUGAAUCUCAGGGCAGUGUUUUGAAGUGGGUGCUGCUGUGUGAAAGUGUUUUUGCCAUUUUUCAGCCAGUGCUACCUCUCGGAAUAACCGUCGUGCAAGUGGAGAUCUAUGUGAACCACCAAAGUCUUCGCAUUGCUCAAAAAUGUCUAAAGUUCCGGUAACAGGAUCCGAAAAGAAACAGCAAGAUCCAGGAUGGACGGACGCAAUAAAAGCGCAUGUUCCGGUGAUCAGCACUCUGAUGAACUACAAAGCGACGGACGCCAUAGGAGACAGCAUCGCAGGUUUCACCGUCGGACUCACCAUGCUCCCGCAGAGCAUAGCAUACGCAGCCUUAGCAGAGCUUAACCCUCAGGUCGGUGUGAAUUCCACCUUUGCUGGGGUCUUCGUAUACAUGAUGUUUGGAUCGAUAAGGGAGAUUUUCAUCGGUCCUUCAUCUCUGAUGGCUUUAUUUACCGCAGAAUUUACAAGGGAUCUCACUGACGACCACGCUUUACUCCUGACAUUUAUGGCCGGCAUCGUGGAGAUAUUAAUUAGCAUUCUUCAUCUAGGAUUUAUGGUUGAACUCAUUUCCAGCCCUGCCUUCUCCGGCUUCUCCUCCGCCACCGCCCUAAUCAUCAUCGUCGCUCAACUCAAAAGCAUUCUCGGCAUCAAAUACAGAGCCAGAAAUUUCUUUGACAACUUUUUCAAACUCUACGAAAUGGCGCCGCAAAUCAGACCGGCCGACACCGUCGUCGGAAUAGCCGGAUGUUUCUUACUGCUCCUCCUCAGGUCGUUGAAGGAUGUCCGUUGUUCCGAGAAAGGCGAGGAGUCAAAGAAAUCUACACUCACAAAGGUUUUCUGGUUUAUUUCCGUCAGCAAGAAUGCAAUCAUUGUGGUCCUCUUUACGAUGCUUAGCUAUUAUUUUGCAACAAGCCAUGGAUCAGCACCUUUCCUUUUAUCAGGGCAAAUGAAGAGCGGUAUUCCUAGUCUCACACUUCCACCUUUUUCUACGACGAUGCACAACAAAACCAUUGGUUUCACCGAGAUGGUGGAGGAUCUUGGAACUGGGAUCAUCAUCAUUCCUAUUGUUACAGUCCUCAUCAAUCUCUCCAUCGCAAACGCUUACGCUAGUGCGACGAGUUUAGGACCAACUCAUGAGAUUUUUGUGGUGGGCCUUUGCAAUAUUGCCAACUCGUGCUUCGGGGCCAUGCCGACUUCAGGCGCGUAUACUCGGAGUGGAGUUGGGAGCUCCAGCGGGGUUCGAACCCCUCUAGCCAACUUUUUCACAGGUGUAACCGUGCUGUUAGGAAUUUACUUCCUCUCUCCAUUUUUCCAAUACAUUCCUCGGCCUAUUUUAGCAGCCGUCCUCAUAGUAGCUUGCAUGUUCCUGGUCGAAGUUCAUCUAGUCUCUCUAUUCUGGAAAACAAACAAAAUGGAUCUGUUCACGUUCCUAGUGACAUUCUCAUUUUGUUUGGUCGUUGGUGUUGAGAAAGGGCUACUCAUAGGGGUUGCAUGCGACAUCUGCCGUCUCAUAUAUUUGUGGGCUCGCCCUGAUCUCGUCAUUGAUAUACAAGACGAUGCCACGCAUUCGUACAUCCUGGUGACGCCUAAACUGGGCUUCUUCUUCCCGGCCGUGGACCACGUGUGCUCGACGGUCAACGAAGUGGCUCUUUCGCAUGAUCUCCGCCGGCCUGUCAUCUUUGACUGUGUCAACUUUAAAAGUAUAGACUACACCGCUGCAAGGGGGCUUUUCCAACUCGCUGAGGACUUUCAAAAGCGGGGUCAAGAUUUGAUCUUUAUCAAUGUCCACAGAAAAGUAGAAAGGUUUGGCUUGAAAAUGAAUAAACAUUUAAAAAUUUGUCGAGACAAGACUGAAGUGAUGGAGAAAUUGUUAGGUGGCGCAAGCAAAGUUUCAGAGUUAGAUUUAAAAGAGAUCGACGAGAAAAUACUACACAACGCUGAAAACGAGAAAACGAAGGAGGAAGAAUUUUUGCUUUCGAGGAACAAUUAGAUUUUUCUUCCAUAUUAGCGUGUUUUUAUUUCAUUUCCAUGAGUCGGACUUUCAGCUCCUGACCUUCAAUUCUUGGUUGAACGCCUCGAUUGGUAGAGGAGCAGGACAUUGAUGGCGAAAUUACCAAACCAUGGAUCUCGAUUCCAGUAGCUGAAAGUGUUUCAUCAUAUUUUAUUUUUUCAAGAGCUACUGUUUGACAUUCCAAGGCAACAUUUUCAAGAUUUUGGCAACCGAAUGAAGGAAACCGAAUAAAAUUUUGUGCAAAUAA